GGUCAGGGAAAUUCAAAUCCCACCUCGAGAAAUAAACCAAUUUCAAAAACUCCACCAUUCUCAUUCUCAUUCUUCUUCUUCACCUUCUUUUUCUUCUUCUGUACUUCACUACUUGCCAUAAACAACUAAUGCUCUUUCACUAACCAACAACAAUGCCAAUGCAUCAUCUUCUUUUAUCACUCUUUUUCUUCUUCGUUGUUCCUCCAGCCACCUCUCUCAACUCUGACGGCCUCUCCCUGCUUGCCCUCAAAGCCGCCGUGGACUCUGAUCCCACCGGCGUCCUGAGCUCCUGGUCAGAAAACGACGCCACUGCAUGCCACUGGCCCGGCGUGUCCUGCACCGGCGACAGAGUUACCCAACUCUCUCUCCCUGACAAGAGCCUCAGCGGUUACAUUCCCUCUGAACUGGGAUUUCUUAGCUCCCUCAAAAGACUCAGUCUUCCAUACAACAACUUCUCCAACGUCAUUCCUCCCUCUCUCUUCAACGCCACCACCCUCAUUGUCCUCGACCUCUCUCACAACUCGCUCUGCGGUUCCCUUCCCUCGCACUUUCUCUCCCUCAAGUUCCUUCGCCAUUUGGACCUCUCCUCCAACUAUCUCAACGGUUCCCUCCCUCCUACCCUCUCCGAUCUCACUUCUCUCACCGGAACUCUCAAUCUUUCUUUUAACUUCUUUUCCGGCGGGAUUCCGGCCACCCUUGCUAACCUGCCUGUGGCUGUGAGCCUCGACCUCCGCAACAACAACCUCACUGGGAAAAUCCCCCAGGUGGGAUCCCUGCUAAACCAGGGUCCCACCGCGUUUUCUGGAAACCCUGGACUCUGUGGCUUCCCUUUGCAAACCGCGUGCCCCGAAGCGCAAAAGCCUGGGAUUUUCGCCAACCCUGAAGAGGGUUUCCCUCAGAACCCCAAUGCGCUCCACCCCGAAGGCUCAGACCAGAGAGUGAAACCACACGGUGGCGGCUCCGUCGCUGUUCUUGUCAUCUCCGGGCUUUCGGUCGCGGUUGGAGCGGUUUCUCUCUCUCUAUGGGUUUUCCGGCGGCGGUGGGGCAGCGGCGAGGAGGGGAAAUUGGGGGGGCAGAAGUUGGAGGGUGAGGUGGAUGUGGGCGAGGGGCAAGAUGGUAAAUUCGUUGUGAUGGACGAAUGGUUUGAGUUGGAGUUGGAGGAUUUGCUUAGGGCGUCUGCGUAUGUUGUUGGGAAGAGUAGGAGUGGGAUUGUGUACAAGGUGGUCGGGGUCGGAAGAGGGUCUUCCGCGGCGGCGAAUGUGGUGGCUGUUCGGCGACUCAGUGAGGGUGAUGCGACGUGGCGAUUUAAGGAGUUUGAGUCUGAGGUGGAGGCCAUUGCAAGGGUUCGUCACCCCAAUGUGGUUCCUUUGAGAGCUUAUUAUUAUGCCCAUGAUGAGAAGCUGCUUAUCACCGAUUUCAUUCGCAAUGGAAGUUUGCACACUGCUUUACACGGUGGGCCUUCCAAUUCAUUGCCACCAUUGUCAUGGGCAGCAAGGUUAAAAAUUGCUCAAGAAGCAGCCAAGGGCUUGAUGUACAUACACGAGUUCAAUGGUCGCAAAUAUAUCCAUGGCAACAUUAAGGCAACAAAAAUCUUACUAGACGAUGAGCUCCAUGCAUACGUGUCAGGUUUUGGACUUUCUCGGCUUGGUUUGGGCCCGCCAAAGUCUAUUGCAAUGCCUCCAAAACGGAGCAGCUUGAACCAAUCUUCUGUAACCACUGCAAUGAGUUCAAAGGUUGCAGCCUCCUUUAACCACUACCUGGCACCUGAGGUGCGUAUGGCCGGUGGGAAGUUCAGUCAGAAAUGUGAUGUGUAUUCAUUUGGCAUUGUGCUUUUGGAACUUUUGACGGGUAGGAUGGCAGAUUUUGGAGAAGAAAAUGAUGAGAAGGUGCUGGAGAGUUUUGUGAGGAAAGCGUUCAGGGAGGAGCAGCCACUGUCUGAUAUCAUUGACCAAGCACUCAUCCCUGAAGUUUAUGCUAAAAAGCAAGUGAUUGCUGCAUUUCAUAUUGCUCUGAACUGCACCGAACUCGAUCCAGAGUUGCGGCCACGAAUGAAAACCGUGUCAGAGAGCCUUGAUCACAUCAAAUACAGUGAAAAACAAGAAAACCAUGUAUAGUUCUGGUUCUUGUGCUAGACUCUUUUCUUCUUCUUUCUUUGAUGUGUUUAGUGAGGUUGGUUUUGUAACUUCCAAUGUCUCAAUGGAAAAUGUUCCUUUCGUUUUCAAGGGAAA